CAAGGCCCCAGUCAGCUAUGCAAGGCUGCGCAAGCAGAGGCAACACCGAACAGGAGGAGGAUCCCAACAGCCUCCUGAAACUCAGGAGAGGAGCUACUCCAGCUUUGACCACCUAAGACAGCACUCCUCUGAAGAUUGUAACUCCAUUUGCCAUCCCGAGGCCUCUGCUCACCCUGUACCCCAAGGAUGGAACCACUACUGGGAGUAAAAAUUGGCUGCGUGUUUGCCCUGCUGGUUCUCACUCUGAUCUGCGGCCUUAUUCCCAUCUGCUUCAAAUGGUUCCAGCUGGAUGCAGCCACAGGUCGUCACCGCCGGGUCCUCAGCCUCCUGGGCUGCACUUCUGCAGGUGUUUUCCUGGGAGCGGGGUUCAUGCACAUGACUGCUGAUGCCCUGGAGGGAAUUGAAUCAGAGAUCCAGAAGUUUAUGAUGCAGAACAGGACAAAAAGGGAGGGAAGUGUUUCUGAUGAUGCCGAUUCAGCACAGAUGGAGUAUCCCUAUGGAGAGCUCAUCAUCUCCCUGGGCUUCUUCUUUGUCUUCCUUUUGGAGUCGCUGGCAUUGCAGUGCUAUCCUGGGGCUGCUGAAGGGGUCGCAGUGCAGGAGGAGUGGGACGGGGCUCACGUCCUUGGACUCCACAGCCAUGGACCUCUCCCCUCCCCCUCAAAGGGUCCCCUCCGAGCCCUUGUCCUCUUGCUCUCCCUCUCCUUCCACUCAGUGUUUGAAGGUCUGGCUGUGGGGCUGCAGCCAACAGUAGCAGCUACCGUGCAACUCUGUCUCGCAGUCCUGGCUCACAAGGGGCUCAUAGUGUUUGGUGUAGGACUGCGGCUGGUGCAGAUAGGCAGUGGCUCGCGAUGGGCCACGCUGUCCAUCCUGUCACUGGCUCUCAUGUCCCCCCUGGGCCUGGUCCUGGGACUGGCUGUGACUCAGGGGGACUCUAAAGGGGGGCGUGGCUUAACCCAGGCUGUGUUAGAAGGUGUGGCAGCCGGCACCUUUCUGUAUGUCACCUUCCUAGAAAUUCUGCCCCGGGAGCUAGCUGGCCCCGAGGCCCCUCUGGCCAAGUGGGGCUGUGUAGCCGCCGGUUUUGCCUUCAUGGCCAUUAUUGCUUUGUGGGCCUGAGAGAUUCCUGAUUCUUCUGAUGGACCUAUCUACAAUGGCCUUCCUGCCCCUGGGAGACACUUCCCAGACAGCUUUGGCCCUCAGAUAUUUCUCUACUGAGACUAAGUGACAUUCACUAGGCAUCGUCCACAUGAACUGGACCCCAGCUUUUCCCUACAUGAGAUGCCAUUUCUCAUCCAGGACUGAGAGAAAGAUGUUUAAGUUGAGUGCCUAUAAAUUGGAGAAUUGAUAUAAACACAGUCACUCUAGAUUUGACUCCUGUCCCAUUUAUGCUACUGUAAACAAUAAAAUGUCCAUUUUACCCUUCCCCUUCAGCCAUGCUAUACAUCUUUUCUGUAGGUUGCCUAGGAGCUGCCCAGUACAGGAAGUGGUAGAAUGGGGAGUGGAAAGGGAGAAUGAACACUGGAUGGGGUAUUUUCUUCUGGAAUCCGGGCCCCUAGACAUUCUGUCAGUUGCAGACCAUGCCCUCCAAACAUGGCAGCAUUGCUGAAAUUCCAACAACCUGCUCCGGUCUUCCCCACAGGUGUUGAGAAACUGAGCCAGAGUUCCCAGCAUUUAGAGAGAAGAGGUGUAAAAACAGAAACCAUGGGAUCUAGAUUUUUUCCUACACUAACCACACCCACGUCACUCCCAGUACCUAUUAUCAGUCAACUACAGUGUGUCCAACAGACUCAUGAGAUCAGGCUAAAUAGAGCCUCCUUUCAUCUGGCUUUUAUUUUUCACACCGAGCCCUGUGUGGCCUCGAGGAUGCUAUUGCUCUCCUUUGAGCCCCUGUCUCCAUCCAGCUACCUGCCUUGAGCUGCGGGAUUAAGAAGCAGUGUUUAGAGAGGGAGAGAGGCGCCAGAUAAAUGCCUAGGGUGAUUACUUGGCUUUGCCACAACUUAGUGGCUUUCCUUCUGCCUGCUCUACCUGCCCCUCUGCCUCCGGCCCCUCCCAACUAGGCCAUCUGUCUUUCAGUUCAAGUAGCCCCUACACUGUGUUACAUCUCUUAAAAACUACCAAGGACAAAUACGGAGCUAAUUAUCUGCCUGUUACCCAGCCCCUUCGCCCAUGAAUUGGAGGAGUAUUGCAGACUUAGUAGAGAAGGAGGAAGA